AUGAGGCAUGCAUCUGCAUUCCACCAGCACCAGACCAUUGAGCAACAUUUCUCAUUCUGGGAUGAAGACAAAUGUGCCACAUUAAGCAUUUUCUUGCGGAACCACUACUGGGAAGCACUAACAUCAAUCAAGAUCCUUACAGCUGAACUUUCAAUAUUGAAACAUACUCUUGGCUUAACUGACACAGAUUUUAUUCAGUUUCACUCCCAAGAAAGAUUGUAUCUUGACAACCUGAAGGAACCACCUCCGAACGAAAUUCUUCAGAUUCACUAUGUUGAAGUCCUACGUGAAUUGGCAGAGCAAAUGUAA